UUAUUAAGAAAAGAUGAUGAAUCUAACGAGAGAGGAGCGUGAAAGUCGGCCGAUAGCCAACACGCGUUGUGAUCUUUCUCAUCUUGAUUUGUUAUGUGUCCCUUAUGUAGUCCUAUUAUAAUCCUUACAGGGGGCUGUUUUUGAAUAACGUCAAAAUUGUUAUGAAUAUCAUAUAUUAUUCAAUUAGUAUGAGAAGAAAAAUACGCAAAAAGAUUUGACUAGGGUUUUCGUCCUUUGGUUAUGGCAACUCCCUAUCAGAGGUCAAGACCCCACCGUGAGCACUCCGGGAGAUCAUAGACAAGAUGUUAAUUUUGUUUUAUGUGCCCGUAAUCUUGCCAGAAAAGAUCUAUUUCGCCUACCGGAUCCUUUUGCUAAAAUAACUGUUGAUGGUUCAGGUCAGUGUCAUAGUACACAUACAUGCAAGGCAACUCUAGAUCCCAUGUGGAAUCAACAUUAUGAUCUAUACAUUGGAAAAGAUGAUGGUAUUACUAUAUCAGUUUGGAAUCAUAAAAAAAUCCAUAAAAAAAAAGGUGGAGGAUUUUUAGGAUGUGUACGAAUAUUAUCCAAUACAAUUCAAAGACUCAAGGAUACAGGAUAUCAACGAUUAGAUCUUUGCAAAGCACAUUCAGAUGACACAGAUGUAGUUAAAGGAGAAGUUGUAGUAUCUCUUUUAUCACGAGACGGUCAUAAUGGUGCUGUGAGUAAUACAGUGGGUCAUAAUGCAGUUGUUGAUGUUCUUGGAGAUCUGAGUUGUCCAACUGAUUUACCAGAUGGAUGGGAAGAAAGAAGAACUCGAAGUGGUCGACUUUAUUAUGUUAACCAUUAUACUAGAACUACACAAUGGAUUCGUCCAAAUGCACGACCUACCAAUGGUAUAAUACCAACUACACCUGAACCACCACCAUUACCUUCUUCUGAACCUACUUCUCCCAGUGGCAGUGGAAGUCCUCCUAAUUUAAGAACUGAAAGUCCUACCAGGUGCGCACCUGAAUGGAGUGGAGAUGGAACACCUAGUAGAACACCUAGCAGAGAUAGUUCUACUCCAAACACUCCAAGAAAUACGCCUACUCAACAGCAAAAUAGAAAUACACAACAAAAUCAACAUAAUACAAGAAAUGUAACACCUGCUUCAUCAAGAGAACGGCGACCAAUUAGAGCAAGUGAUGAACAAAAUGGUAAUCAAAAUGGAAAUGUUAGAUCAGAUCGUAGUAUUAACAAUGCUCAACCACGAAGGCCUAAUCGAAGUAAUAGAAAUAGAAAUAGUGUAAUGAUUAAUAAUGAAAGGAGAUAUGAUCCUCCGCAACCACCAGAUUUACCAAGAGGUUAUGAAAUGAGAAAAACGCAACAAGGUCAAGUGUACUUUUAUCAUGUACCAACGGGAUCGUCUACGUGGCACGAUCCUAGAAUACCUCGUGAUUUACCAGCAAAUGAAUUAGCAAAUGAACUUGGACCAUUACCGAGCGGAUGGGAAAUGCGACAGACCCAAAGUGGUCGUGUUUAUUUUGUAGAUCAUAAUAAUAGAACUACACAAUUUACUGAUCCAAGAUUAUCCAGUCAAAUUAUAAGCAAUUUAUUAAAUAGACGACAAAAUAGUACUAAUCAAACCACGAGUAAUUCAAAUAAUUCGGCAACUAUAAAUGAAUCUACAGAAAUAGAGACACCUGCAUCUCCAAGUAUUCAAUGCAAUAUUGUGCAGCAAAGAUCGAGAACAGAGAAUGGAAGUAAUAAUAACUCCCCAACAUUGGAAAAUACGUCAGCUCAAAAUGCUCAAACUGUAUCAGAAUUACCAAAGGAACUAAUGGAUAAUGAACUUUUGCCGAAAUAUAAACGAGAUUUAGUGGCAAAAUUAAAAUGUUUGAGAGCAGAAUUAAAUGCUCUUCAACCUCAAAGUGGACAUUGUAGACUUGAGGUAUCAAGAAAUGAAAUAUUUGAAGAGUCAUAUAGAUUAAUAAUGAAAAUGCGACCAAAAGACAUGCGAAAAAGACUUAUGGUAAAAUUCCGAGGUGAAGAAGGUCUCGAUUAUGGUGGAGUAGCUAGAGAAUGGCUAUAUUUAUUAUCACACGAAAUGUUAAAUCCACAAUAUGGACUUUUCCAAUAUUCGAGAGAUGAUAAUUAUACACUUCAAAUUAAUCCAGAUUCGGGAAUAAAUCCAGAACAUUUAUCGUACUUCCAUUUUGCUGGCAGAAUUAUAGGAAUUGCUGUUUUUCAUGGUCAUCAUAUAGAUGGGGGUUUUACAACUCCAUUUUAUAAAAUGUUGCUUAAUAAAGCAAUUACUCUUACUGAUAUAGAAGGAGUUGAUCCAGAAUUACAUAGAAGUCUUACAUGGAUGUUAGAAAAUAGUAUAGAUGGAGUAUUAGAUGCUACGUUUUCGGUAGAACAUAGUAGUUUUGGAGUGUUAAAAAAUCAUGAACUUAAGCCAGGUGGUAAAGACAUUCCUGUAACUGAGGAAAAUAAAAAAGAAUAUGUUCGUUUAUACGUAAACUAUCGUUUUAUGCGAGGAAUUGAACAACAAUUUCUGGCAUUACAAAAAGGAUUCCAUGAAUUAAUUCCACCUCAGCUAUUAAGACCUUUUGAUGAAAGAGAAUUAGAAUUGGUUAUUGGUGGUUUAGGAACUAUCGAUAUUAAUGAUUGGAAGAUGCAUACACGAUUGAAACAUUGUACACCUGAUACACCAGUAGUAAAAUGGUUUUGGCAAAUAGUAGAAUCUUAUGGAGAAGAAAUGCGAGCUCGAUUACUCCAAUUUGUUACUGGAAGUUCUCGAGUUCCUUUGCAAGGUUUCAAAGCUUUACAAGGAUCUACAGGAGCCGCUGGUCCACGAUUAUUUACAAUUCAUGCUGUCGAUGCGCCAAGUGAAAAUUUACCAAAAGCGCAUACCUGUUUCAAUAGAAUAGAUAUUCCAGAAAGUUAUCCAAGUUAUCAAAAAAUGCUUGAUAAACUUACACAAGCAGUUGAAGAAACUUGUGGUUUCGCUGUUGAAUAAUAGGAAAUAUUUGUCGACAAAUUUUACUGUCGUUAAAUUAAAAAUAAACUUUUGAAGUACCAAGAGAUGUUAUGUAUGAGAAUAUGCAAAGAGUUAGUAUUAUAGAAUGAAAAUGUUAAUACGUAAAAAGUCAGAAAUAAUCUGACAAUGUUUUGUACAAAUGAUAAAAUGGCCUUGAUGGUUAUAAUGACUUCUAAGUGAUUGUCGAUUGGUACAUUAUGUGAACAUUCUUGUGAUUUACACACUUCGUCCAUGAAGAUUUUAAUGAAUGGUUCCUCAGAAGUUUUGAUUAUAUUGGUCUUUAACUAUUUAUUAUUCAAUGACUGAUAGAGAUGUGCAAAAAUUAUAAUUUCAUUGAGGUAAAUAUUGAUUGGCCUAAACUUUUAUUUUAUUUAUAUUAAUCGCGUUUUCCAUCUUAACUUUAGAAUCAAUAAUUUACUUAUUAUUUAAGAUUAUCAUCAAAGAAUUAACUUUAUUAUUUUCGAUAAAAAAAUAUAAAAAUCAUGCAUGCACAAAUAUGUAUGGAAAAUGAAUUCUUUCAUAUAAUGAAAAACAUUGUUCAAUCAAAAUACAUUCAUGUUAAUAUUUUAUAUUAAAUAAAAAUAUUAAAAAAAAAGAAAGCAUAAAGAAAGCAAAAAAUAAAACAAUUAUUUAAAAAUCUCAAAACAAAAAUCUACAAUAUUAUCUGCAAUGAAUUUUAAAUCAAUGAAACAAUGUAUUUCAUUUUCGAAAGCUUUCAAUUUCUGUUUAAUCAAAUGUAAUUACAAUAUGCACAGUCAAUUAAUUCUAUAUUAACAAUUUUUAAAAUAAUAGAAUUUAGUAAUGAAUUAAAAGUAUAUACUCAAAUUCAUGUUAUUAUAGUCAAAUAUUGAUUAAAAGAGUAGUGUGUGCUGGGAAUUUAGUAUUUUAUAAUAUAUUAUUUCAAAUUAAUAUCAUUGCAACUAAGAAAAAAAUAUAAAUUUCGUAUAUAUCAUAAAUAUGCAAGUGUUUAAGAUUCUAAGAAUAAAUUUGAUAAAUAUUUUUAAUAUUUAAGUUCAUGCUGAUUUUUACAUAAUUAAUUUUGAUUAAAUCGAUCAUAUUGAUUCAAGAUUAUUAAACAAAAUAUUAAAUUAAUUUAAUUGAAAUUAACAAAAAAAAUAUUUUUAUCGGUUGUGAAGAAGAAUGAUAUGAAUAGUCUCAGUAUUAAAAAUUAUUAUCAUUGAUAUAUGAACACUUGCUUCGAGGAACUUUGUAAUGUAAUCAGCAAAUUUUAUUGUUGCAGCACAAUUUAAAUUGUGCGAAAAUUAUUGUUGCUUGUUUAGAAAUUAAUAGUACCGAAUGCGUUAACAAUAUGUAAAUAGUAUAAUGUUUAAUAUAAAAUUAACUCGAGCGUAAAAUGUGUGAACCAUAUAAUUGGUUUUUGCACAAUAAAAACGCAUCGGUUCUAACGUAGACUAAAUCGUGAAUUGUGUACAUUAGCUUUAAUUUAAAAAAAUUGAACACAUAUUUAAGGAAAGAGUUUAUUCGAUUAGUUUAUGUAAAGUUAAAAGUUUUAUUCGAAUUGACUCUUUUUGUUAUAGAAGACCAUAAAAUAAUAUCUAUACUUUACUAGCUUUCAGUAAAGCAUAGAGAAAGACAUUUAUUUAUCACAACAACCUAUUCAUUUAGUCUCUAGCAUUUACUUUUAUUGUAAAAAAUAUCUAACUGCUAAUAGCACCAAUCAUUAUUUUGUAUUAUUAUUGCAUUAUUGUAUUUUAUUCUGCACGUAACUGUGAUCAAACAUAUCGAGAAAGAGAAGUAGUGGGAGACACUUAUGUAGAAUUUAUUUUAAAUAUAUUUGUCUACUUGUGCUUUUUUAAACAUUUAUAUCAAAAUGUGUUUUAAUAAUUUUAUUUAAAAAAAAUCGUUGUAUUUUAUAUUUAAAUGUGCAAAAGUAUCACCCGUUUUCGGUUUUGAAAUACGGUCUGAUUACUUUGCUCUCGCUUGUUUUGAAAAUUUUACUAUUAAUUUCAUUAAUUAUCAAUAAAAUUGGUAAUGAAACAAUGAUAUAAUAUAUUAUUCUUUGCAUAUUGAAUGAUAUAUAAUAAUAAACGAAGCAAUUAUUUUAUUUAAAUGAUAAAAAUACAACAAUGAUAGCUAUCAUUUAAAUAAUAAUUAAAUAUAAGACAGUAUUAAAAUCCAUGAAUAAUAUUGUUGAUUUGAAAAUAUUGAAUCAUGCAAUAUUAUUCAUAUUUUUUUCAUUUUAUGAUACUAAUAUUAUAAGACUUAAUUCAAAUUUUUAAAAAGACUUAAAUUUAUCUUUAUCUUAGAUUUAAAUUUAUGUACAAUAUUUUUUAAAUUGAAUCAUUGAUAAGCACAAUAAGAGUCUCCCACAGUUCUAUUUUAAACUUUUUUUAAUUUUUAUUAUAUCUGAUGGGAAUAAAGGCCUUAAUAGUGCCUUGGAGUUGAUAUCAAUGAAAAAAAAAUAACACAAAUUUUAUGCCCAUCAUAUUUUGAAAUAAAAAAUAAUAUUGCAUGCAAUUUUAACAAAAACAAUUAUUAAUUUUGGAAAUGGUUUAAAAAUGGUCAUAUGUAAAUUUUAUGAAUAUAUGCAUAGAUUAUUAUAGAACAAAUGACUUUUAUAAUUAAAGAAAAAUAGAAAGGUCACCAUUUAGAAUAAAAAAGGCAAAUAUUGCCAAAGAAGUUUUAAAUUAUUCAUAUCUUUAAAUAUUUAUCACAUCUUAGAAACAUUUUUUAAUUCAUUAUCUUUUGCUAUUAAUAACAAGAAAGCAUAUAUAUAUGUAUAUGUAUAUUGAAAAUAAUACGUAUAAAUAUUUUAUAAAUAAAUGAUCUAUAAAUCGAUAAUGCAAUAAAUAGUAUCUUAAAAAAUUUUCAUUUAUAAACAUAUUUUACACAUGUAUAAUCCAAAAGAAUCUACAUUUAAUGUGAAUCAGAAGAAUUAUUCACACUUUUAACUACAUAUCGCGAUGUGCAAUUAAAUUUUGAUUAUUUUUUAUGUAAUUCAUUAAUAAAAAAUGCUUUUAAAGCCUUUCAACAGUCUAAUUAUACGAAAUUUAGCAGAAGACAAUAUUAAUAUGUAAGAUACAAAAUUUUAAAAUAAUUUAAUACAUAUCAUAUAAACUAAUUGUCACUGCGACAUAAGAUUUCAAAUAUGAACGUAAUUUUAAUUAAAUUCAAUAAUCAUUAAUAAUAUCAUGCAUUACGGGUAUAAAUGCUCUCUUGAAUUGUAUAAAUGUUAAAUUCAUAAUAAAAAUAUAUGGUGACCCGAUUUCAAAUUCCAAGUUAAAGUACAUUGUAUACUGUGCUCGGCAAUAAUAGAAUUUUAUUCUAUCAAAUAGCAGGAUAUUUUGCUAAUAUUUAUCGAUAUUCAUAAAAGAAUAAAUUUCCAAAGAUUGAAGAUAGAAAUUUUGCUUUCUUCAAAAAAUAAAAAAGGAAAAUCUUGAUAAUAAGGAAUCCUUUAUUUAUAAAUGUGUACACGGAUCUAAAAAAAUUCUGUACUAACAAGUUAUGCGCGAAAUUUAAAAAAAAAAUACGAAUAUGUUACACUGCAAUUAUUGUAUUAUUAUUAUUGCUAUUAUAAUCAUUGUUAUUAUCAUUAUUGCGCAAAAUCUUCGAAACACAAUUAUUGUAUAUAUAUCUUUUCCUUUUGUAUUUUGGAUGAAAUGUAUAUUUUAAUAAAAUAUCCAAAGUAUGAAUUUUUUUAA